CCGGAUUCGUGGUCUGUGUAUUAUAUUUUGAUCAUUUGAUUUUUGUGGAUGAAACUUCGGGCUUCGUGGUUUUAAUUUUCGAUAAUAUAUCAUUGGCUCAAUAGUUUCGGCCUAAUGUGUGUCCAUCAAUGGUUUGGUUAAAUCAGUGCAUAAGUAAUAAAUUAUAAAGCAUUGCUACAUCAGAUAUAUAACUCGCAAUACUAGAGAAAGAUGGAUGUCGAUACAGAUGGCAGGAGGUCACGCUCACGCAGCAGAUCUGUAGAAUCAGAUUCCAAAAUGUCCCACGACGGGUCGGUUCGCUCCAAGUCCGGCUCCAGGUCUCGCAGCGCGUCCAAGUCCUCCUCGCGCUCCCGCAGCGGCUCGCGCGCCUCCUCGCGCUCCCGCUCCGCCAAGUCGACGAGUCGCUCACCCAAAUUCCCUCGCUCUAGGAGUGGCUCCGCUAAAUCCGCGAGAUCUCGAAGCGGAUCCGCUAAAUCGGCGAGAUCUCGGAGUGGAUCCGCUAAAUCUGCAAGAUCUCGAAGUGGAUCCGCUAAAUCUGCAAGAUCUCGAAGUGGAUCCGCUAAAUCUGCGAGAUCUCGAAGUGGUUCCGCCAAAUCUACGAGAUCUCGAAGCGGAUCCGCCAAAUCUCAUAGAUCCCGAAGUGGUUCACGUAAAUCUAGGUCUGGAAGCGGCUCGCCGAGAAAAUCUAGAUCCGGAAGUCGGUCAUCGAGAAAAUCUAGGAGCGGUUCUCCAAGAAAAUCCAAAUCAAAAAGCGGGUCUCCGAGCAAAUCUAAAUCUAAAAGUGGGUCGCCAAGGAAAUCGAGGUCUAGAAGCGGCUCGGCCGCGUCGAAGGCGAGAUCCAGGAGCGGGUCGGUGGCGUCCGGCGUGCGCUCCGGCAGCGCCGAGUCCCACUCGCGAAGCGGCUCCCCGGCCAAGUCGCGAUCCAGAUCGAGAAGUCGAUCGCGCAGCCGGUCGCCGAAGAGGUCGCGCUCCAAAAGCGGAUCUCCGACAAAAUCCAGAAGUGGCUCCCCGCGGAAACCCCCCUCCACCACCGCCUCCCCGCGGAACUCGAGAUCCCCGACCGCGGUCGCCGCCAAGCCAGGCUCGCCCAGGAAGUCGAAGAGCAAGUCGCCCGACGAGCGAGCGAGAAGCAAAUCUGUGGAGAAGAUGGACGUCGACGGAGAGGACGCAGACAAGCCGCGCUCGCCCGGCUCGCGCGCCAGCCGCUCGCGGUCCCCGACCAAAGCCAAGUCUCCCGCGGGAGACCGAGCGAGUCGCUCGCGAUCCAGAUCCCGCUCGAGAUCCAAGUCUCGCUCCAGAUCCCGCUCGAGGUCCAAAUCGCGCUCCAGAUCCCGCUCCAGGUCGAGAUCUCGCUCGCGCUCCGGCUCCCGAUCGCGAUCGCGCUCCAAGUCGCGAUCGAGAUCCAAAUCGCGAUCGCGAUCGCGCUCAGGAUCUGCUAAGUCGAGAUCGAGAUCUCGCUCGCGUUCCCGCUCUCGCUCGCGCUCGGGCUCGCCGGCGCGGAGAGACGGCAAGAAGCGGCGCGCGGUGCGGCUGGCGUCGGACGACGAGGGCGGCGAGGAGGAGGCGCGCGCGGGCGAGGCGGAGGGCGCGGCGGGGGAGGGGCCGGCCGCGGCGCCGCCCACCACCGCCGUCGACGACGACUCCUCGGACGACGACAUCGCGCCCGAUUCCAAGACCGCGGAGGCGAUGGGCGGCAUGUCGGACUUCGAGGUGAUGUUGGCGCGCAAGCGCGACGAGCGGCGCGGGCGGCGGCGCCGGCGCGACAUCGACAUCAUCAACGACAACGACGACCUCAUCGCGCAGCUGCUGCAGCAGAUGCGCCAGGCGGCCGACGACGACCGCGACCUCAAUCGCCGCAACCAGCCCGCAGUGCGCAAGGUGUCGAUGCUGAAGCGCGCCAUGUCGCAGCUCAUCAAGAAGGACCUGCAGCUCGCGUUCCUCGAGCACAACGUGCUCAACGUGCUGUGCGACUGGCUCGCGCCCAUGCCCAACCGCGCGCUGCCUUGCCUGCUCAUCCGAGAGAGCGUGCUCAAGCUGCUGCAGGACUUCCCGUCGAUCGACAAGUCGCUGCUGAAGCAGUCCGGCAUCGGCAAGGCGGUGAUGUACCUGUACAAGCACCCCAAGGAGACCAAGGCCAACCGCGAGCGCGCCGGCCGCCUCAUCUCCGAGUGGGCGCGGCCCAUCUUCAACCUCUCCACCGAUUUCAAGGCGAUGACGCGCGAGGAGCGGCAAGCGCGCGACGCGGCCAUGGCGGGCCACAAGCGCGAGGAGCCCGGCCCCUCCGCCAAGCGCGCGCGCACCGACGAGCCCGAGCGCUCGCUGCGGCCGGGCGAGAAGGGCUGGGUGUCGCGCGCGCGCGUGCCGGCGCCCUCCAACAAGGACUACGUGGUGCGCCCCAAGUCCACCUGCGAGCUGGACAUGUCGCGCAUGAGCAAAAAGAAGAUGACUCGCUACGAGAAGCAGAUGAAGAAGUUCCUCGACCAGAAGCGCAUGAAGGGCAGCACGCGCCGCGCCGUCGACAUCUCCAUCGAGGGCCGCAAGAUGGCGCUCUAGAGCUGCGCCGCCAGACCGUUGCCACCGGUGCGAGCAACCUUCCACCUGCAAAGCGUCCGUCACUACUAGUGAGACUAACCAGGUUGAUGGCAUUCGUUGUUGCUGAAAUAAGCACGUGUGACCGAUGACCGGAAUUAAUCCAUCCGUAGUCUCGCGGUAGCGAUGUUAAUGCAUACAAUUUUUUGACAACUAACGUUGCUGAAUAAGAGAUUAUAGAUGAGAUUGGUUAUUAUUAUCGGCCGUUAGUUGACCACAGAGGGAUUCGUAUGAGGCAAAGAGCCCUCAUACCUUAGCUUGAAAUGUAUAGAGCGCACUUUGACGUUGUUUAGGCUUAAGUUUCAGUUAAAACGAGACAGAUUUAUGCCAGCGGUGUAACGCUGUCUCGUUUUAACAGUGUUUUCAGUCUGAGCAAAGUCAAAGUGCGUUCUAUAGAUUUCAACCUUACACUCGGAUACGAACGCUCUUACCACAAAAAAAUAAGCAAUCAAAUUGAUCGAAGGAAAAUCGGUCAGGUUUAAAAUAUACGACACGCGUUUAACGCCUGUUUAAAUUAUUUGUUUUUCUGUGGUAGCGCCGAGUUGCUAUUGCAUUGAGUCUAUGGAAAUUACCCUUAGUGCAGAAUGUGAGUGUUGUCGUAUAUACAGCGGGCGACAACGCAUGAAAACCGCGUUUCUAAUAGUAAUUGUUAUUCAAAAGUAUUGGUCAUAAACUCAUGUUUGUUACAUACGUGACUUCAACCAAUUAGCGUAAAUCAUAAAAGGCUCAUGAUUGGUUCGUACAGUGCGUGGUGUGACGUCAUUGGUCGACUCGAAGUGACAGUUACGAAGCUACAAUCGCAUUGAAGACGCCUGCGGUAGAGUAUACAUAUGUCGCCGCGAAAUGGCACUAGCCACAGAGAGUUGCCAUUUCGCUGCGACCUGUGCACCGUCCGCCGCGGCCGAGUGCACAUGCACUGCCUGCUACGGUACAGAAUUCAUUACGUUAUAAUUUAUAAUGGAGUGUAUGGAAUAUUUGUACGCUUUGUCGUUCACUGUAUAAUUGUAUGAAUGCUUUGAUGUAGGCCUGAUUUUUAAUCGUCAAAUAACUUGUCUGAUGAAUAAAUUUGAGGUUUUCACAUAAUAUUUUCUAUAAAAAUCUAUUAAAACGUCAAAAUUCCUUAGAUGAAAGUCAUUUGACGAUUGACAAUUCGGCCAUUAAUGUUUUAAAAUAAAUUGCUGAUUAUGUAAAAGUUGAUUUACUGUUUGUUGAUUUUACCUGCAUGUAAAUAGUGUCAUGGAAUAUAUAAGAGCUUAAUUUUUAUUUAAAUGAAAUGGAUCGUAUGGCACUCAAUAAUACUACAUGUAUGUAUUGUAUACAUAUCUAAAACAUGUAGAUAAGUUACAUACGCGCCUAAAGUGAACACUUAGACUUACUUAGGUCGUAAUUUGGGUAACAUUCGUACAACUAUCUCUUCUACUCUCGUGCGUUUUAUAUCUUUUGUCUCCAGGGAGCACAGAUUUUAUAAGCCAUGUUUUAUGAACGUUUAAUGGUACAGUAUUUAUAUUGAUGCUCGGCUCAUAUUAUACAUAUAGAAACUAGGUGAUGCCCGCGACUUCGUCUGCGUGAAUUUGGAUUUUUAUUAAACGGGGGAACUCUUUGAUGUCUCGGGAUAAGAAGUAGUCUACGUCCAUCCCCGGGAUGUAAGA